UGGGAUCUAAUUGCUCUCAAGUGAGGUCAGCAGGAGGCAUUUAUCUAAGCAGAGUGCACAGCGACAGUGGAAGAUGCACAGAGUCAGCCUGCCAGAAUCAGGGAAACAUACAUGGGAAUUCACAGAAGCUCCCAGCUCUUGCUUAGCUUUGCUGCAUUACUGGGCUUGGUUGACAACUGAGGCUACAGCUUUAGACCUUGAGAAUCUUCUAAUUAAAACUCUUGCUGAAAGGGAACACACCUCUGACAACUCCUGUCAUCACUCAGAGCACAUUUAAAAUCUGCAAGAUUGAUGUCUCUUGUCGGAUUAUGGUCUCAAAAGGAUGGAGCAAUCGAUGUGUACCGUCUCUGAGGACUAAAGAGGGACAUCAUCUGAUGAUACUGUUGCCCGUCUUCAUUGUGAGACUUCUCUCCAGCCGACUCCACACAGCUUCAUAAGGUCUCCCCCACAACCGCCCUGUCUCAACAUCCCACUAGGAAUCCCUGCUGCAGGAAAAAGGACCCGGAGGUCACAAGUCAGGGGUCAGGGGGUCGUUGGGCUGAGGGACAGCGCGCAGAUCUCUAUCUCGCAUUUCAGUAUGUUGUUCAUUGAUCCCCACUGCAUUGUAUUAUAAUGCGCAAAUGGAUGCUGACAUGGAACCUUCAAAAUCUGUUCUCGGGACUCUACCUGCACACAAUCUUCCUGUUCGGCAGUGUGUGUGUGGUCUACAGUGACUGCACUCCAGAGCAACUUGCCGCCAUCAUGAACUGCUCCAAACACGAGCGUCACACCAGGAACUAUGACUACAUGGAGGGAGGAGAUGUGCGCAUCCGACAGCUGUUCAGCCGCACGCAGUGGUUCCUAACUAUUGAUGACUCCGGAAACAUCAACGGGACUCAGGAUCCCACCAACUGCCACAGCAUUCUGGAGAUCAGGACAGUGUCUGAGGGGGGAAUACUGGCGAUCAAAGGUGUGAAGAGCCAGUAUUAUAUCUCUAUGAACAAAGGUGGACAGCUGCAAGGCAAGAGGAUCUACAAUGAAAACUGCAACUUCAAGGAGGUUUUCCUAGAAAACUACUUCAAUGCAUACUCCUCUGCAAAGUGGACUAAAAAUGGCAAAGAAAUGUUCAUAGCCCUGUCUCAGAAGGGACGGCCAAUGCGAGGGAAGAAGACCAGGAGGGAGCAUGUAGCAUCUCACUUCAUCCCUAUGAAAUGCAGGGAGGAGGAGAGGAGAGUGGACUGAAAACGCAAAGGACUUAGUUAUAAAUUAUGUAUGAUUUCAGUCACAUAUUCUAUAUGUUAUCAGACACAUAUAAACGCAUUACCAACAUCACACUCCACUCUCCUCAAACUGUAGAUUAGUUGAGUAAUAUUUUAUAAUAUGUUGCCAUUCUCAUAGCAGAAAACAAUAUCAGAUGGGCACAUGAAACUAUCCCCAACAUCUGCAAAUCAGAUGUUGACACGAGAAAAUAUGGAAAUACCACUAGAGGUACUCAAUGUAAUUGUUCUUUUGACAUAAAUACUAUAUUUCGUUAUAAUACAAUUAAAUGUUUUAUUAUAAGCCAUGUACUACACACAGUCGGGACUGUAUUCUUUUCCAAAGAUGAUCUACAACCAGCCAGAUGAGGAGGCCUGAGUGAUCAACAGAGAGGUCCAGAACAGAGAUUUGGCUUGACCAAGAUGUGCUGAAGCAAGCUGGACUUGUCUUUCUCAGCGGUACAAAGUGCUCAGAGCACACUAAACAGAAGCACAAUGAAUGGCAAUGCCGUGUUCAGUAAAUAAAACUAGGCCUAGGACAAUCUAUUUGUGAAUGACCUGUUUUGAUCUGUCCUUCCUGCAUUGAAAACCAGACUCUGGUCAGAUGCACUGUAGCUGCUCACUGACUCUCUCCACAUUAUUAAGGUGUGAUUUUGAAAAUGCUAAAAUGUUCUGCUGCUGCUGAAAAGAUAUACAGAUUAAAAGACAAAGUGAACAACAUAAUAA